AUGCUCAAACAGCUCUGCGCCGCGGCGCGCCGCGCGCUCGCGUUCGUGCACCCCGCGAUCCUGUUCGUGAUCAUCAUGGCGCUGCUGAUAGUGGAGUGUUUGGACGCGCGGGCUGCUGUGGCGGGGAUUGGGUAUUACGCCUCGAGUAGCGGGGCGGGGGCGGGUGUGGAUGGAGUAGGGGAUGGGGCGGGGAAUGGGGUGGGGAAUGGGGAUGGGGGGGAUGAGAAGGAUGAGAGGGAGAGGGAGAGGGCGAGGGUGGAGGCGAGGAGGGUUAGGGUGAGGAUCCAUGAGAGGGGUGUGCAGGUUAGAUUUGGGCGGGAGCCUGAGCGUGAGCCUGAGCGUGAGCGGGAGAGGGAAGUGAUGGGGAGGGGGAGAAGGUGCAUGUGUGUAGGCGGGGAACGCGAACAUGCGCGCGUGCGUAUGCGCGGUGUGCGCAGUGUCCGGCCGCGUGUGAGUGGGGAAAGUGCGAGUCGUCGUGCGGAUCUGGGGAUUCCUGCUUCGAUUCCAGCUCCAACUCCAAAUAGAAUUCCAACGCCAACUCCAAAUAGAAUUUCAACUCCGACUCGAAUUCCAACUCCAACUCUAAAUCCAACUCGAAUUCCAACUCCAACUCCAAAUCCAACUCGAAUUCCAACUCCAAUUUCAAUUCCAACUCCAAUUCGAAAUUCAAUUCCAACUCCAAAUCCAAAUACAACAACCAAUCCACAUAGCAAUCCAAAUGGACGUUCGGGCCCGCUGCGCAAGACCAAGGGCGGGGACGGUAUCAAGAAAAAAGUUGAGCACAGGGAUGUAGCUUUGCAAGUUGAUCUUCGCGAGCUCGAAUCAUCCUCACCCACAUCAACAAAAUUGAACGUGAACGACGAGGAGAAUACCCUCGUUGGAUGCAGGGGAGAGUGUCAUGGACGUGGAUGCGGCCAAAAUGCCUCGAAUGAGAAUGAGAAAAAGCGCGUGCUUGAGAGUAAUGUUGUGGAAGUCAAGGAUGUGUGUGUCCAGGUUGAUCCGGUUGAGUUGUCCGGAGUAAAGAUAGAGGAGGAGGAGGAAGGUAAAAUGAAAACGGCACGUAUGGAGAAAGGAGAUGAUGACAGGUCGGGUGAAGAAGAAGGAGGACAACAUGAGAGCAGGAUUGUAGAGCUCAAAGAUGUGUAUGUUCAGGUUGAUCCACCAGAGAUUGUGCCUGAAGUCAAGGUGGAAUUCAAGGAUGUGGCUUUACAGGUUGAACCGCUUGAGCCCUUAUCAGAGACAACGAUCGAAGUCAAAACUGUCGAGCCGUGUGUUGAGUCUCUGCCCCGAACCGAAAACGAUUUCGUACCGGGAUUUCACAGGAAAGUGGAGGUCAAGGUUGAUCUUCUCGAGUCGGUAUCAGAAAUAAACGAGGAAAAUACACCAACAGAGCUGCUUCUAGAAACAAAAGAACAGGUUCCCCAUGAAGAAUAUAGCCUUAAUCCCGGAAAGCAACGGGAACGCGAACAUGAUGUUAGUCUGCUACAGGAAACUCCGUGCAACUUGGGAUUCCUCUAUGAAUCAGAAGAAGAACGGUCUGCACAAAAUGUUAUGGAUGGUGGGUACAUUGGAAUGUCGAUAUUGCAUCCUGAUACUGCGGUGCUAUUUGAAAGAACUAGAGCGACAGUUAAAGAUGACGAAGAGAUACCCCCGGAUGCGUUUGUAGACGAUGUUGGAGUAGGCACUUUUGAGCACGAGAGACUCAUGAAAACACGCGUCACGCCUCUCGGCAGGUCUGCUUCGCGAUUUAGCUCGACUGUCUACUUCCGACCCACCAGAUCCACAUCCACAUCCACAUCCACAUCCACAAUAUCCCUUCCUUCGGUGCUUAACGUGACGCCAAUUGAAAUACCAGACAAGGCGGAUACUGCAAACACCCAGCCUUCUCCAGGUGUAGUGCCACCUGUUAGUAGUACGUCUGAAGCUGGAGCAGCAGUCAGGUUUGCGGAGGAGGAGCCAGCGAUAGCGCGAUUGAGUAAAUUGCCUGCUUCGUUUGGUGUGCCGAUCGUUGAGGCUUUGUAUAAGCACCCGAAUGGGGAGCCGGCGAAUGUGCUUCAGUCGACGAUGGGGGAAUCAACAACAACGAUAACAACUCCACCUGCCUCGCAGUGUAAGUCGGGUGCAGCAGUGGUAGAAACGCAGCACGAUGAUGAUAGAGCAAAUGGCAAAGGUACACCCCGAGUCCCGGCGUCCGCGUCCGCGUCGGGCACCUCGCUUCAUCCUACUACUAGUACUAGUACUAGUAGACCUCACCAACCAACGCGGAUCCCAGUCCCCUCACGCAUAGGAAGGCCAAAUCACAGGAACAGUAAACCUGUACCCGUUCAAUCAAGUCAUGCUUCCGAGUCCAUCGCCAUCGCCAUCGACAACAACAAAAACAAAAACAAAAACGAAAACGCUCCUGCGAUCCCAGAACCUUAUUCCAGCACUUCUUAUUCUUCGAGUUCCUCGCAGCAUGUCGGCACACCAGCCCCGACAUUUUGGAAUCCUGCCCCGGGGCUCAAAGUGACGAUUAAAGCUCCGAGGUGA